AUGGACUUCGAUCGCGGAAACUCGCCCCAGCGCCAGGAAUCGGUUGACGAUAGUGUUUCGAUUAGACGAACGGCUCGCCGUGCUAGCCUCGGCAGCGCGCAGCUCGAUCAGCUUGCCGUAGAUAUCAGUGAUAGUCGUGAGCAACACACAAUCCACAAUCAGACUCUGCCAGAGCUCCGGAUCUACGUCGAAGGGAAUCCGCACCGUAGAUGUCAACUCCAACAAUGUGGCUUCGUUCCUACGCUGAUGUCAUGUGUACGCACCGCACCGGAUUCGGAUUCGCGAAGAACGGUGCUGGAGCUCCUUCGAGAAGUCGUCACCGAUCUCGCCGUUUACCCGAAAGGUAUCACAGACAGCCAUUAUUCCGAUUUGACGAUUUCUCUGAACGAGGUCCAGGAGAGCGUUGUCGAAUGUUUGGAGAUUCUCCGUGAGCUCACCCGUUUCUCAGAAGCUCAACACGCAGUUGUCUCGAAUGGAAUACAUAGCAUGCUCGCGAAGAUCAUUUCGUUCCUACACUACCAGGAGGUGUUAAUUCCCGCAAUCGAAAUACUGGUGAACGUCAGCGCCGAAAGGUUCCGCUGUCAAACGGUGCUCCGCGCGGGAAUCUUCAACGCAUUCAAGAAAGCUGCUGGGAACUGUCUGCUACUGCACCAUCAGAGAAGAGGAUUUCAAGAAGCCCAAGCCAACGGCGAAGUUUUUAAAUGGAUGACGAAAUUCCAAAUGGUAAUCGAUGAACGAGACCAACAGGAAGUCCUGCAGUCGAUAAUUCGAAAGUGCGAGCACUUCUGCAGUGAGGUCCUUUCGGAGUGGACCGGCGUCAUGAUACAGUGGUCGAGGUUCAUGGAGGUCUGCACGAAGUACGACGAAGUCAUUCCCAAAGCGAUCGAGCUCGGAUUCCUGGAGAAUUCACAGGUAAUCAUACGCUACGGGGAAACCAACUCGCUAGCGACCCUGAUACAAGCUCUCGCAAACGUCAGCGCGAAGUCGAAAGAAAGCUAUAACCGCGGAAUCAUCGAUGUCGGUCUGAUCAGAACUAUUCUGGACCGUUUUCCUGUCCACGAGCUCGGGAGAGUGACCCUGAUGAGCGAUGCCCAAGCUCGCAGCUUCCUCGACUUGAAGACGGUGGAGAACAUAUUCCGCAUCAUCGAUAACGUGCUCACUAGUGUCCUCGAAGGCUCGGCAGAUCGAGAGUACAAGCGAACAAUCAUCGAGUUCCUCCUGGAACGGAACAUCAUGACAACUCCACGUCUGUUUGAGGGAUCCGCGGAGUCGCAGAGACUGCUCGGAAGAAUCACUGGGAAACUUAAUUGGCUUCCUUGA